AUGUUUGAAGAUCCAGAAUUCGAAUGUUGUGAUGAAAAUCUUCCACCACUGCUUCGAAAUGAAGGAGUUAUUUGGCUUCGUCCUCACGAAAUAGCAGUUUAUUCACGAUUUCUCUCAUCGAGUCACCCGAAAAGGGAAGAAGUUAUUCAAAAAUUCGGUGGUGGAUUCUUUCUCGCAGCAGUUAUUUCUUUGACGAAAGAUCCAGAAUUGAGUUUGAAAGUUGUUAAGAAUCAGCCAAUUGAUAGAGGUUACUUCGAGUUCACAUUCUUCACUGAAGAUGAUACCAUCGUCGUCAUCAAAAUAGACGAUCGUCUUCCAACAAAAAAUGGAGAAUUGCUGUAUUCUCAAGCACCAGCUGACACCUUUUGGUGCCCACUCUUGGAGAAGGCUUUCGCUAAAUUCAGAGGUGGCUAUCAACAUCUUUCGAUUGGAAACUUGGAAGAUUCCCUGAGAAUGUUAACUGGAAAAGAAGUUUAUCUAUUCGAGACUGAGCAUUAUACUCCUAAUCAAAUUCAUUCAAUGAUCAAGAAAUACUUAAACUCUACCAGAAUUCUAUGUUGCAAAAUGAAACAUUCGGAUGGAAACAAUGGGGAAUACGGGAGAUCAUUAGCCAUAUCAGAUGCAAUUCAUGGCAACAAUGGACUGCUGAUUUCACUGAGUGAUCCAAAAAUUCCAUUUGACUCUGAUCUGAGUAUUGAAGAGUUUAAGAAUGUGAUAGAUGUUGUCUUCUUUUUGUCUCCGAAAGAAGAAGAAAUGAGAAAAGAAAAGGAUGUAUCAAUAUUGCGUCGUAUUGAUCCCUUCGGAAGAAAUGUUUAUACAAGUGGUCUUGUUAGUAAUCAGAAUUCUCAAAAUAAUAGCCCAUGUGUGUUAAUGUGA